GCAGAUCGUUGGACGUAGGUGGUCAACGACAUCAGCGAUGGUCGUCUGCGAGCCGCUUGCUUUCUGCUGCUAGCCGUGCCUAAAGAUAUGGAAUCGGCGACCAUCGUCAUCGCCAUGGUCGCCAAGUUCAUGAUCACGAUCUCGUUCGCGAUCAUCUACGCGUUCUCGGCCGAGCAGUUUCCUACGACGCUGCGCAGUGUCUGUAUCGGAGUCUGCGGACUAUUCGCUAACAUCGGCAUCAUGGUGACACCACAAAUCGUCGCCCUGGUCCAGUACAGCAGCUCGAUUCCGUUGGUAAUCUUUGGAGUGAUGUCUAUUCUCGGGGGCGUAGUUGUACUCUAUCUCCCAGAAACACUUAACGAGAGUCUUCCAGAAACCUCCAUAGAAGCGAACAACUUUGGGAAAGACCAGAAGUGUUGGUCGUUCUCCGUCAAGCGAUAUCGCAAGAGCGAAGUGAUAAGUCGUGUCGCUGCUCUCGAUCACCACGAGAUGGCGCCUUUGGCAACAAAAGUGAACGGAGUGACCGACGAAACUGUGUGAAUGUGUUUAUAUAGUGACUCUGUUUGCAUGUCUGACUUUCUUGUUACACGUAUGAGAUCACGUUAUACCCGCCCGCUAUGUAUAUAACUUACAUGUGAUAAUUGCACAAUCGCACGAUAUAUUUGCAUUAUCUUAUCUUUCAAAACUGCGUAUACAAGGAACAAAUAGAUGUAUGUGUAAAUAGAACGAAUAGAUAAUUAAAUUGUCACACCGAGUGUUCGAGUUCAUAUUUAUGCAAUCACCCAAAACAGCGUAAACAUUGUGAUUGUCUACAUGAUCGUUGUGUACCAUUCUAUAGAAUAACAACGGAUUAGACAUAACAUUAUUACUACGAAAUCUCGUAUAGCGUACGUGUAACAUC